GGCGAGCGGCCUCCUCCUUCCUCGCCCCCCGCGUCUUCCCAGCGCCGCGUGCCGCUCGAACGCUGAGCAAGGCCUCAUUGUGACGCCUCAAUGGUUGCCCCUUUGCGAGCGCCUCCGCGCGGCGGGCUCGGCUGAGGGCAAAGGCCGCGGCGGGCGCUGCAGAAAAUGGGGUUCUGCAAGGCCGAGGGCACGGGGAAGCUCGUCCUCCGGGUGGGCCUGCUCCUGACGCUGCUGGCCAGCGAGCCCACGGGCGCCUUCAACGACACCAUCUCGGUCGACGUGGCCUUGUCGGAGCCGCUGCUGCAUCUGGAGGAAUCAGAAGCAAAUCUGACACAACCCAAGGAAGUAGAAUUUGGAGAAUGCACGGUUACAUGUGGUAUUGGCAUUCGAGAAGUUAUAUUAACCAAUGGAUGCCCUGGAGGUGAAACUAAGUGUAUUGUUCGUGUUGAAGAGUGCAGAGGACCAGCAGAUUGUGGAUGGGGUAAACCAAUUUCUGAAAGUCUUGCUAGUGUGAAGAUACCGUGUAUUUUUGUACCUCCAGAAAAUCGAUUUCAAUAUAUUUGGAAAAUGUUGAUUCCGGACCAGCAAUCACUCAUUCUUCCUAAUGAUUCAGCUAUUCUGGAGGUACACAGAGAUACCCACCCCGUUGCGUUUGAGUGCGAUACAAUAGAAAACGAUGAAUUGAUUGCAUCUGUAAAAUAUACAGUGUACACAACAGCUGAAUUAGAAACAAGACGGUUGAAGAAGCCAAAUACAGAUAUAGUUUUGGUGUUUGUCCUCAUAACUGGAGUUAUUGUUUGUGUUGGCGUGGUCUUUGCAAUAAUCUUCAUCAUCCUUAAUUGGGCUGCUGUCAAAAUGUUCUGGCAAACAAAAGUUUGGCGAAGCAGAGAGGAGCCAAGCUCAAGUUCAUUGAGGACGUCAUCGGGGCAGUUCACCGCAGUAGACCAGAUGUCGCAACUAGACAACAAUGCAGGAGAACCGGUUUCUACUUACCAGGAGUGGACUGGACCAACAAGAGGCAGUGAAGGAGGAGGGGGAGGAGGAGAAGGAGGAGAUGCAGACAAGGGGAAUUACUAGAAAAGAGAGAUUAUUUUAUAAAAGGGAGAGAUUAAAGUAUGCUCGAUUUAUUAAGAGUACCAGGUCUGAGAAGUGCUUUUUGCCGCUCUGAUUAAGCUUGGUUGUGAACAUUGAGACAGUAGUGGGAAACAGCAUCAACCAGACUUAAGGACUGAUUUCUGCUGUCAAGAUUAGUCUGGUUCAUCAGGAGCCUCUGCCUUUCUGAGCUGUUGAAAAGCCAAAGUGAGAUGUUUUCGCAUACCCAAACUCGCACAAUAAAAUACAUUGGCACUCCA